AUGGUCAGUUGCUUCGGCCUGCUGGGGACUGAGGGCUGGGGUUCUAUUGAUGUAUUCAUAUGGGAGGUUGUGGCCAAGUACUGCACCAGGGUGGCCAAUCCUGCUCUGGCAUUGGAUCACAUUGAACGGCAGCAGCAGCCACAGCCACAGCAGGGCAUUGCUACAGGAUUGCACUACAGCUGUCACUCGUGUGGCUACCAGACCAGGCGCAAGGACAACAUGGAAAAGCACGUGCGAGUGCACACAAAAGAGCGGCCAUUCGCAUGCCGUCACUGUGGUAGGACGUUCAGUGACCCCUGCAACCAGCGGCGCCAUGAGCGCAGGCACACUGGUGCCUGUUACUGCUGUGUGAUCUGUUCUCGCACAUUCAUGCGCAAAAAGUACCUGACAGACCACUUAAAGACACACUAG